ACGAAGCAUCUUCAGAGAUCGAGCUGGAUGGAGAGUUUUCGGUGAAAAAGGUUACGGUGUGCUGGCUGCGCAAACUAGCGGCUUGUAAAGCUUGCUCAGCUUGCUCACUGCUAAGGUUUUGAUUGCGUGUCAUGUGACUCGUACUCGUGGCGUUAUUUCUCACUGCGCGUGCGCAUUCCCCCAGCGUAUAAACGUGUACACGUGUAUCCCUGAAGUCGAGCCUGAAGUCAUGAUUCCGAAAGAGACGCUCUCGUUACUGAGAAGACUGCAGUCGGGGAUAGGGAGAUGGCCGGUGAACUCAUCGAGGAAGGGAAGAGAUCUGGGAGAGUUUCUGAGGACGACCUACGAACAGACAUUCAAGGAAUUAGUCAAAACUGACCCAAUGGCAGCAGAAGCAGCAGUGAGAAGCCUGGAGCGACUGGUGAGUGACCAUCAUCGAAACCUGUAUUCAGAGAAAGGAACUAUUCCGUGUUGAGUGAGGAACAGGUGCCCAUUGAGAAGAUUGCUUCCGAAAUUCUUUCAACUGGCCCAUCCUAUGACGCUAACUGCGAAACAAUUUUCAGAAGUUCAGAAGAAGCGGCCAGAGAAGACACUGUGGGAGAGAAUAACAGGAAGACAGUCCAGAACUUGACUAUUCCCAUCACUGUACGUUACAUAACAUCCAGCAUCACAUUUUUAUACACAGUAUUUUGAUGCAGAAUAAUUAUCAGUGGUCUAUAAAACAGCUGUAUAAAGA